ACACCGAUACAGCCACAAUACAGUCUCUCAUUUUCGUGUGCUUGACCAAUGUUAUACAUACGUUUUUCUACCCCAAUUAAAAAUCUUUUUCAAUCCAAAUUUAACUAAAUUUUGGAUAAUCUACGAUUUUUAUGUGCUGUUGAAAGAGUAAAAAAUCAGAAUUUGUUAAAAAUUUGUGAUAUUUUCUGAUUUCUACGCCAAAAGAGUCUAGUUUGUCGGGUGUUUCAUUGCAACAUCGAAAGUCACGGUGUGUUGAAGCGGAGAAAAGUGUCGAAAAAAGGCCGAAUCGAAUGCUGGUUGCGUGGAAGAUAACGAAUGGAUUCCCAUUGAAAUGAAACAAGAAGGUAACAUUAAGGUGGAAUGGGGUGCAGAGGAUGAUGUUGACAUGACAACGACUGCAAGGCAUGAUUUUGGACCAAUUAACACUAACAUUGUCGACGACAACGAUGGGAUGAAUAUUGAAGAUUUGUAUUCAACGCAUGCCAAACUGGAGCUCAAACAUGAAGCCGAAGACGAUAUAAAAGUUGAAAUGAAACCAGAAGGAGGCAAACAAUCAGGUGAAAAUGAUUUAUCGACGGAAAAUACUGCGAUGGAGCAACAGUCGAACAAAAGUGAUGUGACGCCAAAGUCAUCGAAUGGAAAGUUGAAGAAAAAGGGCAUUGAUUUGAAGGGUAGAGCCAAAACGGUGAUCAGUGCUGCACAAAGGAAACAGUUGGCUGCCAAAAGGACCAAGAAACAGCAUAAGUGCUCAAUAUGUGGAUAUGUUGCACAAUAUCCAGCCCAUCUGAAGAGGCAUAUGGUCAAACACAGUGGCAAAAAACCUUUUCCAUGCAACAUUUGUAACAAACGAUUCACAAGACAGUACAACCUUCAAACACAUUUGAAAACACACCCCGAUGAAUAUCUGUUCAGUUGUUCAGUUUGUCUCAAGAGAUUCGUACAGAAUGACGAAAGACUGGUGCACGAGAAUGCUUGCAAUGGGCGACAUUUCGAAUGCCAUUUGUGUAAGAAGUUCUCUGCUCUGAUUCAGUCCAAGUUGAAGAUGCACAUGCGUGUGCACAAUGGCGAUCGACCAUUCCGAUGCAGCUUUUGCUCCAAGAGAUUUACAAUGCGAUACAUCCUAAAGGCUCAUUCGAAAGUCCACACAAAUCCUCGUCCGAUAAAAUUCCAAUGUUUUAUUUGUGUUCGUCACUUCAUAAAAGAAGUGGAAAAGAAGCAGCAUGAAUUGAAGUGCAAGAGCCGAUGUUACGAAUGCCAUUUGUGUCGGAACCUGAUGACACAUGAUCGAACGCAAUUGUUGUCACACAUGCGAGUGAAACAUAUCGACCAAAAUUCGUUCCAUUGCCAAUUGUGCCAACGAUGCUUCACGGGAAAAUUCAAUCUUAAACGACACCAAAAAAAUAUUCACAAAUCAUAUGUUUCCAAGUAGAAUUUAGCGUGCACGAAUUAAUUUUCAUGAACAAAACUCACUGAAAAUAAUAAGAAAUAAAAAAAAGCAACUGUAGUAGGUUUCCACUUGUUUUUAUUUUUUUUUUUAAUUUUCAAAUUUAAUAUGACGAAUUUUCCAUUCUUAGAUUUGUUCCAAUUAGACGAAAAAUUUAAACUCCCAAAAUCUUUCUUCAAAGUUUGUAAAAACCAGAAACACAAGUACGCAAAUAAAGAAUAAAAAUGAAAAUUCAUAGAAAA